AUGGCGCCGGUGGGCGGGGGCGGGCACCCGGGCGGCGGGCCGGCCCGAGGGCGCCUCCUCCUGGCGGCGUUGGUGCUGCUGGUGCUGCUGUGGGCGCAGGGGGCCCGGGGCCAGGGUAGCCCCCAGCCGGGCGCGAUCGUCGGCAUGAGGCUGGCGAGCUGCAACAAGUCGUGUGGGAUGAACCCGGAUGGCAUCAUUUUCGUCUCCGAGGGCAGCACCGUGAACCUGAGGCUGUACGGCCACAGCCUGGGCAACAUCUCUAGCAACCUGAUCUCCUUCACGGAGGUGGACGACGCGGAGACCGCCCGCAAGUCCACCAACUGCCUGGAGCUCACUAAGGACCUGGUCGUGCAGCAGCUGGUCAACGUGAGCCGCGGGAACACAUCCGGCGUGCUGGUAGUGCUCACCAAGUUCCUCCGGAGGAGCGAGAACAUGAAGCUGUAUGCAUUGUGCACCCGGGCCCGGGCCGAUGGGCCCUGGCUGAAGUGGACAGACAAGGACUCGCUGCUCUUCAUGGUGGAAGAGGCUGGGAGGUUCCUGCCCCUCUGGCUGCACAUUGUCCUCAUUAUGGUGCUGCUAGUGCUGUCGGGCAUAUUCUCUGGCCUCAACCUGGGGCUUAUGGCCCUGGACCCCAUGGAACUGCGCAUUGUGCAGAACUGUGGCACAGAGAAGGAAAGAAAGUAUGCCCGCAAGAUUGAGCCUAUCCGGCGCAAGGGCAACUACUUGCUCUGCUCGUUGCUCCUGGGGAACGUGCUGGUCAACACCUCUCUCACCAUCCUUCUGGACAACCUCAUUGGCUCUGGCCUCAUGGCGGUGGCCUCCUCCACCAUUGGCAUUGUCAUCUUUGGGGAGAUCGUACCUCAGUCCCUGUGCUCCCGACACGGGCUGGCUGUAGGAGCCAACACAAUUGUUCUCACCAAAUUCUUUAUGCUACUCACCUUUCCCCUCAGUUUUCCCAUCAGCAAGCUCCUGGACUUUUGUCUGGGCCAGGAGAUUCGCACUGUUUACAAUCGGGAGAAGCUGAUGGAGAUGUUGAAGGUGACAGAGCCCUAUAAUGACCUCGUGAAAGAGGAGCUAAAUAUGAUCCAGGGUGCCCUGGAACUACGGACCAAAACUGUGGAGGACGUCAUGACCCAGCUCCAGGACUGCUUCAUGCUCCCCAGCGAUGCCAUCCUGGACUUCAACACGAUGUCAGAGAUUAUGGAAAGUGGCUAUACCCGCAUCCCAGUGUUUGAAGAUGAGCAAUCCAAUAUUGUAGAUAUUCUCUACGUCAAAGACUUGGCCUUUGUGGACCCUGAUGACUGCACCCCCCUCAAGACCAUCACCCGCUUCUAUAACCACCCAGUGCACUUUGUCUUCCAUGACACCAAGUUGGAUGCCAUGCUGGAGGAGUUCAAGAAGGGGAAGUCCCACCUGGCCAUCGUGCAGAAGGUGAACAAUGAGGGUGAGGGCGACCCCUUCUACGAGGUCCUGGGCCUGGUCACCCUGGAGGACGUCAUUGAGGAGAUCAUCAAGUCCGAGAUCCUGGACGAGUCGGACAUGUUCAUUGACAACCGAAGCCGGAAACGGGUGUCUGAGAAGAACAAGCGUGACUUCUCAGCCUUCAAGGAUGCUGACAAUGAACUCAAAGUGAAAAUCUCCCCUCAGCUCCUUCUGGCCGCUCAUCGCUUCCUGUCCACAGAGGUCCCCCAGUUUAGCCCCUCUCUAAUAUCAGAGAAAAUCCUGCUGCGGCUGCUCAAGUACCCAGACGUCAUUCAGGAACUCAAGUUUGACGAGCACAACAAGUACCACCCCCUCCAUUACCUGUAUACCCGAAAUAAGCCGGCUGACUACUUCAUCCUCAUCCUGCAGGGGAAGGUGGAGGUAGAGGCAGGGAAGGAGAACAUGAAGUUUGAGACGGGUGCCUUCUCCUACUACGGGACCAUGGCCCUGACCUCUGUCCCCUGUGACCGCUCCCCAGCCCACCCCACCCAGCUUAGUCGCUCAGCCUCCCUCAGUUACCCGGACCGCACGGAUGUCUCGACCUCAACAGGCUUGGCAGGCGGCAGCAACCAGUUCGGCAGCUCCAUCCUGGGCCAGUACAUCUCUGAUUUCAGCGUUCGUGCAAUCAUGGACCUGCAGUACAUCAAGGUGACUCGGCAGCAGUACCAGAAUGGGCUGCUGGCCUCACGCAUGGAGAACAGCCCUCAGUUUCCCUUGGAUGGGUGCACCAUGUGCACGGAGAACUGUGUCGAGAAGUCCGAGCUGCCUGUGGUGGAUGAGACCACAACUCUUCUCAAUGAGCGUAACUCCUUGCUGCACAAAGCCGCCCACGAGAGUGCCAUCUGACAGGAGGGCCCGGGGUCCCCUGCCUACCCUGCGGGGGCCUCCCCAGUGGGCCCACAUGAAGAGAGGGGGCCUGUUAGGCCAGAAAGGAUGCAGAUAGAUAGCCUGUCUGACUGAGCAGCCAGAUGGCCCCCGUCUGUGGGGAUCUGGCCUCCAACAGGGACCUGUGAACUGCUCUGGGGUAGCGCCUGCCCAGCCCUGGAUUGCUGGUGCAGCGGGCCAGCUACCAUGAGCAAAGGCUGUUUUUUUACUGAGAGAAUUUCUAAACUAGGCUCAUUGCUCCUCUUUUUAAAUAUUAUUUUGGGAAGGGAAGACAGGGUUAAGGAACUUU